AUGCACUCAGCUCUCAAGGUCCAUGAGAUCGUCUGCCAGAUCGCACAACAGCUAGAAGACGAUCCAGAGGACCUGGAGUCGCUGGCGCUGACAUGCCGUGCUUUCUGUGACCCUGCUCUGGACGUACUCUGGGCGGAAAUCUACAACAUCGUACCUCUACUCAAGUGUCUCCCCGAUGGGCUUGUCUCCUAUGGGAGAGAUCCAACUCGGCGUGGUUAUCCUCCGAGAAUGCUCUAUAACUUCACGAGGCCACUGGAUACUUCCGACUGGGCGAUGUUCUGCAAGUACUCGAGGCGCGUUCGACGAGUUUUUGGCUCUCUGACCUACAGGUCCAUCGGAAGGGGCACCAAAGCCUACACCACGGACGUGUCGCCUGAUGUGCUCCUUGUAUUCGCCCAUCCACCACCUGAUGCCCUUCCUCUCUUUCCACGUCUGGAGGAAGUCACAUGGGGGAUUCCAGCCCUCCACGUCUUCCCCUUCCUGCGACCGAUCGCCGGACCAUCCCUUACCACUCUGGAGCUGCGCAAUACACAUAUCGAUGACGACGAUGAAACUGAGCUCGAAGCAGCAGCAGCAGCAGAUACGGGGAUAGACACAGACCAGAGAGCGCGGCGACGGGCUGAAGCGCUCGCGCUGAUCGCUGGGCUCGGAACGAUGUGCCCUCGAAUGAAAAACUUCAAGUGGUCUGACCUGUGGCACUCGUCGGCUGCGGCUGUCGCCAUGUCUCGGGCGGUCUGCCAGUGGCACUAUCUGGAGGAUCUGCACGUUGACAUGCUCGCGGAUAUUGCGCUAGAUCAUGUUAUGCGCCUUCGCACCCUGCGCAAGCUCAGGAUUCAUGUCCCGCUUGUCAUCUCGAACGGCCACAGUCUCGCUCAAAAUCAAUGUGGGGAUAUAUUUCCGGGCCUCGAGACUUUGCGACUCAAGGCUCGGGGUUGUGGAUAUGCAGACAUCACCAACUUCCUCACCUCUCUACCUGGUCGUGUUCGCGCACGUCGUUUCGAAGCGCAUACGCCCUCUCUCGCAAACGUUGUUGCGGAUCUUCCCGAUCUCAUUCAAACUAUAUGUAACCGCUUCGACCGCGACACGCUCAAAGCCGUUUCUAUAACGGAGGAUCGAACGUACGACGACCAGAGAAUAGAACACGUCGCAGACUUUGACGUCACCAUCGACACGCUCCGUCCGCUCCUGGGCUUCCGAAACAUCGAGAGUCUGGAGCUAGACCUGAAACGGUCGAUCUCGCUCGACGACGACGACCUCGCCCAAAUCGCCUGCUCGUGGCCCAAGCUCCAGGCGCUCGGGCUCAACCCCGGCGAGGGCUGGAUCAAGACGUCGCAGGCCACGUUCUCCGGGCUCGCAGCUAUGAAAGCGCGGCUCCCCAAGCUCACUCGGAUUGCGAUCGCGCUAGACGGGCGCAGCGAUACCGCUGCGACUCUCACUCCGCCGCCGUCGGUGUCUCUGGACGAGGGGGAACUCGUGUGCCCCGUAGAGGCGCUUAAUCUGCUGGACUCGAAGGUCGGCGAGGACGUCGACGGGGUCGCGGUGUUCCUGUGCGAGGCGAUGCCCCUUGCGGGUGGAUGCGAGCUGGGAGCGUGGUGGUCUGUUCAUAUGGGGAAUAGGUGGCAGUCGCCGGCGAGGGGAUACGAGAAGUGGUGGGAGAGUGUGUUUAGCGCUGUUAAACGGAUUCGCGGGGAGGAGGGCGAGGUAGAGGAUGGUGACUCGGGGUGCUCGGAUGAUGGGGACUAGGAUUGGUGCGAGCGUUACGGACGGAUGCUUAACUUGUCAUUAUGCCCAAGGCUGGUGGUAGCUCCAGUGAGGUUGGGGUAAAGAGACGCCUGAAGCGAUGGCGUAUGCAGUCUGGCGGCACUUCCCUUUGAUUCGGACUAUUGACGACGUUACAUGUCUUUCGUAGGAUAUUGAACC